GAACGCUCGCAGUCAGGGCGCUCGGCCAGCCAAGCCAGCUUGCCCUUCCUGGGCGGCGCCGGCGGCAGCAGCGGCUCGUCGAGCCCCGCGGCGCCAGCGCCGCGAGCCCGGGCGGCGGGCAGCCCCGAGAGCGCGGACGGCGUCGUGCCGUUCGGCGCCGGCGCCGGAUCGCGGGAGGACAGCGGGCCAGGGUCCGCGGGCUCCGAUUCCCCCGUCAGCGUCGACAGGGUGCUCAGGGAGCUCGACGAGCUGUGCAGGGAGUGA